GGGACAAAAUCAAUCGGGAAUGCCCGGCCAGGGCGCACAAGAUGGCAAGAAGAAAGAUGAGAAGAAGAAAAAAUAUGAGCCGCCCGUCCCCACACGCGUAGGUAAGAAAAAGCGAAGAGGCCCCGACUCCGCAAAUAAACUGCCAGCCAUCAUGCCACACAACAAGUGCCGUCUGCGACUGUUGAAGCUGGACCGGGUCAAAGACUACCUCAAAAUGGAGCAGGAAUUCAUCCAAAACCAAGAGAGACUGAAGCCACAACAGGAGAAGAACGAGGAGGAGCGAGCAAAGGUGGACGAAUUAAGAGGCACCCCAAUGGGAGUGGGUACUUUAGAAGAGAUCAUCGAUGAUAAUCACGCCAUUGUGUCAUCGAGUGUUGGACCCGAAUACUAUGUCAGUAUUUUAUCCUUUGUCGACAAAGACCAAUUAGAGCCGGGAUGUUCUAUCCUGCUCCAUCAUAAAGCCAUGGCGGUCGUGGGAGUGCUCGCCGACGACGCAGACCCCAUGGUAAACGUUAUGAAGCUAGAGAAGGCGCCUACAGAAUCGUAUGCGGAUAUCGGUGGGUUGGACUCACAGAUUCAGGAGAUUAAGGAAGCUGUCGAGCUGCCACUGACACACCCUGAGUUCUACGAAGAGAUGGGAAUCAAGCCACCAAAGGGUGUAAUUCUGUAUGGACCUCCUGGAACGGGGAAGACCCUCCUGGCCAAGGCUGUAGCUAACCAGACUUCGGCGACGUUCCUGCGUGUAGUUGGGUCAGAGCUGAUCCAGAAAUACCUUGGAGAUGGGCCUAAGCUGGUGAGAGAGAUGUUCCGAGUCGCAGAGGAUCACGCUCCGUCUAUUGUAUUUAUAGAUGAGAUCGAUGCCGUCGGUACCAAACGAUACGACUCGAAUUCUGGUGGAGAAAAGGAGAUUCAGCGUACCAUGUUGGAGCUUCUGAAUCAAUUGGAUGGUUUUGAUUCGCGCGGAGACGUCAAGGUAAUCAUGGCGACCAAUCGGAUCGAGACAUUGGACCCCGCGCUCAUUCGUCCCGGGCGUAUUGACAGAAAGAUUGAGUUCCCGUUGCCCGAUGAGAAGACCAAACGCAGAAUCUUUGGCAUUCACACGGCUCGCAUGACCAUUGGCGAGGAUGUCGAUCUGGAAGAGUUGAUCAUGGCCAAGGAUGACCUCAGCGGGGCUGACAUCAAGGCUGUCUGUACGGAGGCUGGUCUGCUAGCACUGAGAGAGAGGAGAAUGAAAGUAACACAGAAGGACUUCCUGGAGAGUAAAGAGAACGUCCUUUAUCGUAAACAAGAGGGCACGCCAGAGGGCAUGUACUUAUAAACAAACCGUCAUCUGUCAUCGCAACGUAUACCUGUACUGGGAUGCGACCAUCAGUGAACACCCGGCAACCUAAUAUAAAAAUACACUGAUAGUAUUAAAAGUACUGUAUUGUAUAUUGGUGACAACACUGGCGUCUGUUGAGCUGUCCACCUCUAUAUUUUAAUUGAUAUUCUUCCUGGAGACCCCUGUUACUGAGUACCCUCGAUUUAUAAACCUUAUAAACGAAGCAAAUGUUCACA